AUGUCAGCUAUUCCCCUCAAGGACUGCGCUCUAGCUACAACCGAAAAUCGGAAUUUGUCUUCAAACGCCAACACCUCCCUUUUAGAAGGAUUGUUUUCUAGGCUGACAAGGCUGGUGUACCUGAAUUUGUAUUCAAACGCUCUCACCUCUCUUCCCAAAGGAUUGUUUUCCAAGCUGACUAAACUAGAGACCCUGUAUUUGUCUUCAAACGCCAUCACCUCUCUGCCUGAAGCAGUGUUCAGAGAUCUAACAAGCCUUCAUUCUCUGAGUUUAUAUUCAAACGCUCUCACGUCUCUCCCGGAAAAACUUUUUGCCAGGGUUACUAGGCUUAGGAGGCUGUAUUUGUCUUCAAACGCUAUCACCUCUCUGCCUGAAACAGUGUUCAGAGAUCUAACAAGCCUUCAUUCUCUGGCAUUGUCUUCAAAUGCUAUUACUUCCUUGCCGGGAACAGUGUUUGAAAACUUAUCAAGCCUCCUUUUUCUAGAUCUAUCUUCGAACGUCAUUGCCUCACUUCCAGAGGGGUUGUUUUCCAUGUCUGUGAGGCUUAAGUCGCUGGACUUGUCUUCGAACGCUAUCACCACUCUUCCAGAUGGCUUGUUUCCCAAGCUGACCAAGCUCAGGAGGCUACAUUUAUCUUUAAACGCUAUCACCUCCAUUCCAGAAAAAUUGUUUGCCAAGCUGACCAGACUUGAGUACCUAUAUUUGUCUUCGAACAAUAUUACCUCCCUGCCAGAAACAUUGUUUGCUCAGUUAAGCAGUCUUUUUUAUCUAACAUUAUCUUCAAACAACAUUGCUUCUCUGCCAGGAAAAUUAUUUGCCAAGCAGACCCGACUGACGUACCUAUAUUUAUCUUCCAAUGCUCUUACAUCUCUUCCGCGAGGAUUAUUUGUCAAGUUGACCAGAUGGAGUUCCGUGUAUUUGUCUUCAAACAAAAUCACUUCUCUAAAGGAAACGGUGUUUGCUAAUCUAACCAACCUAAUUUACCUGGAUUUGUCUUCAAACAUUAUCACCUCUCUUCCAGAAGGAUUGCUUAACAGGCAAACGAGGCUUGAGUCCCUAUUCCUCCAUAGGAACAAUUUACAACGCAUUCCGUACAGACUGUUCUUUGUCUUGAAACGACUACAGAUAAUAACACUAUCCGAUAAUCCUAUAAAAACAAUCGAGCCCGGGGCCUUUAGCUUUGGUGUGUCUUCUAACACUAGGGUGUUUCUUAUGCGAACAAACUUGAAAAUAUUCACCUCGGAUUUCUUUACGGACUUCAUCGCUGACAAUCUUAAGCUUAACUCGUGGCAAAGAAUUCCUCGGAUCAUUUAUUACUACAAUUCGAACAGGACAACCAUGGAAGUACAUCUGAAUCCACUCGAUCCUCAAAUAGAAGUUAUCAAGUUCCGUCGUGGUGAAGCUUAUUCGCUUCAAAAUGCUAUGCUACACAUGGGUUUUACAAGAACUCGUAUUGGACUUUACGACAUACUUCAACCCUGUUCACUGGGAACGUUUUCAAAAGGAAAUGGCAAAUGCACAGAAUGCCCUCCAGGUGGUUUCUAUUCUGACACUCUCGGGUACGUGACUGAAAGCUGCAGGAGAUGUCCUAACGGAUCGUACGUUCCGUUCCACCAAACGCCAGGAAAGUCAAUUCUAGAUUGUAAGGCGUGCCCUUUGGGAACUGAAAGCGACUUUUUUGCCGGAUAUCGAGCUUGUCCAUGUCUGGAAGGAUUUUAUCGAAUCCAUCGAUUCGCUAAAUGUCACAAAUGCAAAGUAGGACGGUUAUGCCAAGAUGAAUAUGCCUCAUUAAAAUCUGGAUUUUGGUGGCGGUGGCGUAACGAGUCAUACAAACAGCGCUACCAGGAUUUCAUACAAAAUCUUUUGGCGUCUUCACCAGCGCUGGAUAAUUCUUCCAUACAAUACCCACAUGCGAUCCCAACACCCUAUAGAUGUCAGGUAGAGGAAGCUUGCAGAGGAGGUUUGGAUUCCACAUGUGGAGAGGGGUACGAUGGUCCACUUUGUGCAGUUUGUAGUUCAGGAUAUUACAAGCAACUGAAAUCAUGUGCAAAAUGUCCUUCAAGAGCGUGGAUUGCUACACAAUUGACGAUUAUCGUCGUCGUUCUGUUUCUGGUUAUUGCGUUUAUGAUGUGGAAGAAAAAAACUAAAUGGGAACAAGACCAGGGCCACUACCUGAUAGACAUGUUCUUUUCUAAGCUUAAAAUACUGAUUGGUUUUUAUCAGGUCACUCACGGCUUACUACAGGUGUUCUCAUACAUCGAUUGGCCGGAUUCACUGCAAGCUGUCGCCACAUACUCAGGAAUACUCCAACUGAAUCUGCUUCAGAUCGCACCUAUUCACUGUCUAUUUUCAGGAUUACAUGUAAAUGCCUUUGGAGAAUUGUUCCUGAUGUUGACUUUGAAUUUUAGUGUCAUUGGCGCCUCAGGGUUUUGUUACGUUAUCUAUAGGUCAGUAACCUUGAAAAAUGAUGAUCUUGAAGAGGAAGAGAAGUCGAGCAAAAUUUCUCGAACAAAACAGCUGUUUUACAAAAAUCUGUGUUUCUUCCUAUAUGUGACUUAUCUGAGUACAUUUUCCAAGACAGCAAGCGUUCUGCCAUUUGCCUGCCGGAAACUCUGCAGAGAUGACAAGGAAGAGCUGUGUGAAGAAUACGCCAAAGCAGAUUACAGUUUAAGAUGCCAAGGACACAUUUACAACUAUUGGCUGAUUUUGGCAUACAUUUCGACCGCCUAUCUCUUUGCUUUACCUGCCACUUCGUUCAUCGUACUUUGGAGGCAUCGGAGAGAGAUAUCAACUAUGAAAAAAGAUAAUAACGUUUCUGACAAGGAGAUAAUUGAGGGGCUGAAAUUUCUUUCCGAAAACUAUAAACCUUCUUCGUGGUAUUGGGAACUAGUUGAAAUGGCUCGUAAAGUUGUUCUUACCUCUGGUCUUAUCCUUGUGGGACAAGAGAGCAGGUCCUACAUUGGUUUGGCAUGGGUUGUUGCCGGUAUGUAUGGAGUACUUUUCUCCUGGAUGAAACCCGUACGGGAGGCCUCCGAAAACAGACUGAUGACGACUUCCUUAGCUGUCACAGUUGUAAACAUAGGCAUUGGCGCUGUGAGCAGAAUCCCAGGCGAGAAUAUAUCAGACAUGGAGGAUAAGCAAAGAGAAGAAAUCGCAAUGAAACUACUUAUACUGGGUGCCAAUACCAUGGUGAUUGGUGUUCUUGUUGUUCAAUACCUUGUGUUUUUGUACGAGUACCUCAAGGAGUGGCGCAAAAACCCACAGUGGUCCUUUUCUUGCUGUUUGGCUUUGCUUCUUCCAGUCAAUGACUUGCAAGGAGAAAUUCGAGGAAUGGUUGGUAAAAACUUGAUGAAAACUCAGCUUGACAAAGGGAUAUUGAAGAAACCAUCAAUUGCUGCCUCUGCGCUUGAAAGCGGAGCUAUGAGAUUCACUCUUUGUCAUGAGGAACUCCAAAGCGAGGAUGAACGAGAGGAACAGUUCGUCAAGGACAACGUUAAAAAAUUUCAUCGUUGGACACAAACAGAGGGUCUUUUGCCAACUUUCUCCUUAAAGGUGGAGUCUGGAUUAACGGACGGCACAAAGCAGACUACUGAACACCAGCCCUCUUUGCAUCAAAUGGCUGCAGUUGAAGCAGAAUGCAAUGCAUCACCAAAGCUGAAAACAUGCACGAAGAAAGAGGCAGACGGUACAGCAUCAUCAAAGCAGAAGAGAGACGUGAAAAAGAAGACAUUUAGCGAUGCGUCAGCAAAGCAGAAGGUAGACAUGAAAAAUGGAGCAUACAAUAAAGCACCAGCAAAGGAGGGGGAAGACAUGGAGAUUUUGGCAGAGGGUAAUGAUGUAUCACAAGGAACAGAAGAUAUUCAUUCACAAUAA